AUGCCACAGCAGAAUCACGAGAGCGAGCAUCUAUUAGGUAACCACCAAUCCGAACACGGUAGUGUCAGUGAUACCCCUAGUCAUGAGGACGAUGAUAUCGUUUAUAUAAAGCAACAAAUCAAACAGAAUGCUACAAAACCAUUCUACAAGCGACCCAGUGUGUACGCCGUAAUCUUUUUGAUAGGUGUACUAACACUAAGUUCAUCCAGUGCUGAAGGCACACGACAAUCACUAAUCUAUGCCAAAGCAUCGGAAUCGAGAAAAAGUAAGGAAAAUGCCCCAUACAUCGUUGCAAGAUUCAACCAAUAUUUAUUGGUGGGAACAACAGCUGUUGCAUUGAUUCCCAUUGCUAAAUUUGGUGAAGUUUCCAACGUGUAUGGAAGGAAGCUCUACUUUGUUAUGGUUAUUAUUACCAUAACAGUAUCACGAAUGCUUCAGUACCAUCUAUUCAGAAAUUACAAAGGUUUACAAUUUGGCAAGCUACUUUUAGCAAACUAUAUGUCAUGUAUGUUUGGUGGGGUCAACAUAAUUGGUGCUUUGACGGAACUGUAUGUUUCAGAUUUCACAUUACCUGAAAACAGGAUCUAUCAGUUCGGUUUGGCUUCUUCGGCAACUUUUAUUGGCCAACUGUUUGGUCCUUUAGUGGGCACAUUGAUUGGUAAUUGGGCUGGUGGUAAAUCUGUAGAUGAAAUUAGCGAAGCUGACUUUACAAUUUUGAGGUUUGAGCUUGCGGUGUUGCUUAUGCUACUGGUGUACGUCGUUACCUUGUUUCCAGAGUCAAGAAACGAAUCGGCAAAGGUGAAAUCGGAGGAGCAAUUGGUCGAGCAAGAGCUCGAAGAUGAAAGUGAAAGAUCGGAUGCAUCUGAACAAAGUGACCUAGACGUUAACGUCAAUCGAAUUGUGUUGUAUCAAAUAUUCAAAAGCUUUGACAUCAUACAACCGAUGAAAAUUUUGACGUAUCCUAGUGAAGUGGCAAAAGUGAAUAAAAAGCAUCGUUUAUUUCAGUUGCGAUUCGUUGUUGUCUCAUUGGUGUUGAUUUAUGCCGCUUACCAGACCUUGAUUUUUUCAUUAAACCAAGUGGUGAUUGAAUAUGGGCAAUACCAAUUUCAAUGGAGUUCAAAUAAUAUCGCGUAUUUGUUAUCAACGAUUUCAAUAUCACGGGCCAUCUCACUUGUACUCAUUCUUCCAUUCUUCGAGAAAACCAUAUUAAAGAAAAUUUUGGCUUUGAAGUCUUUGAAUCGCCUGUUUGAUAUGGUGGAGUAUAUUCUUAUGUUAUCAUCGUUUGGUAUCGCCGUUCUUGUAUUCCUUGCGUUUUACUCAGCCAAUAGCAAAGGAUUUUACAUUGCUGCCGGGUGUUUUUCCCUAGACGCAUUGAUUGGACCUGUGUUUGAUUCGACAAUAAUCAAAUUUUUCCCCAACUCCAGUUCCGGGCAAGUGUAUGGUGCAAUCACAUUGCUCGUGUCGUUGAUGAACUUGGUGUCGCCAAUACUAAUCACCUGGGUAUAUGAAGUGGCAUUGAAUGUUGGACAUGCAAGUCUUGUGUACUUGUUUUAUGCCUUCUGGAUGGGAGUUUUUAUUGUUGUUGUCUACAUAUGCAAACGUGUAUUGCAUUUGAGUAGAAGCACAACCGAUCAAGAGCUCAAAAGGGUGGAUAACAACCAGUGA